GGAGCCUCAGGUAGAUGAUGUGGGAUGAGGGGAACAGGGGAAGAUGAAUACGCCACUACUGACCCCCGCUGUGCCCACAGGAACAAAGCUUCACCUUUGACAGAGUGCUGGGCCCGGGCGCUGCUCAGGAAGCAGAGCAGGAGCUAUUGACACAAGUCCAACCCAUGCUGGCCUCUGUGGGACAAGGGUACAAUACAACCCUCCUGCUCCAGGGCCAGGAAACAGAGGCACCCAGGUUUGUGCCACAGGUCCUGCAGAUGCUGUUUGAAGAAGCUCUGCCUCUCUGCAGCUCUGGCCCUGUGCUUUGCACUCUCAGUCUGGUGCAGAUUAACCGUAUUGGACAGGCUCGGGACCUGCUUUCCCCAUGUGUGGAGGACCUGCCAGUACUGGAUGUGGCCCCUCUGGGCUUGGUGGUGAAAGAUGCCAGUGAAGUGGAAGUGUCUGAUGCCCGAGCUGCCUCUGAGCUGUACCUAAAGGCUGCUGUGGGUGAAGGCAGAGACUGCCCCCUGCUGCGAGUAUUGGCUGGUGCAGCUGCUGGUGAGGAGGUGGAGGGCUCUCUGCCUUGGAUCAUCUCCUGGCUCCUGGAAGCAAACAGCUACAGAGGUGUACUUCUUCGUCUGGACCCCCGAGGUAGCUCCCUGAGUUUGCUCCAGAAUGCUUUGUUGGGGGCCUCAAGAAAGAGGAUGCAGGUGAAUGAUGUGAAGCCCACCCUAUGGAGUGCAGUAGAGGAGAUGGGGGCCCGCAGGGCCACUCUGAAGAUGCUGCGCUUAGGCCUUCUUGGAGACACCUUGACAUACAGUGGGUUGAACCAACUAGGAAGGGCACUCUGGGAACUACAGGUUGUAAAAGCCUGGGGCCCAAGAAGCCACACCCACAAAGGGACAAGGGAUGAGACUGUGAGGCUCCUUGAACCCCAGGUUAAAGGCGAGCCACUGAACUACUGUAAGCAGGGAAGGCACUCUGCUCAUUUGUCAGAGGCAGGAAGAAGAGGAUUUCUAGGGUCUGGGCUCCGCCUAAAGCAUCCCCUUGGGCACUGUGAGGAACAGGCCCAUCAGGCCCCAGAUGUGGCCCUGCAGUUCUCUCUGGCCCAGGCCCGGAGGCAGAGGCUUCGAGAGGAACACCAGAUUAGGAUCCAGGAAGAGCUGAAACAUUUGGAACACUGGAAGGAAGUGGCCACAUGUGAACAGAUCAAAGGCACCGUGGCAGAAGAGGCUUGCAUGGGGAGAGAGAGUCAACGUAAGGAGCAGGCAGUGCUAAAACUUCAGGUGGACACCCUGCAGGCAGAACGGGACGUGGCAGAGCAAGAUCUGGUGGUCCUAUAUGACUUGUAUGUACAGGCCACCCGUGCUCGGACGUGCCACUUGCUGCAGGUAUUCCAAGCAUGGCAGAGGAUGUGGGAGGAGAAAGCCAUGGCCACAGAGCAUCACUACCGCAGUCUGCUGGCUGGCAUCCUCCAAGGCUCCAUUGAUCUGGCCUUGAAGAAUCAACAACUCCAGUCCCAAAACCAGCAGCUUGAGCAGAGUGCAGACAGGGCCAGCCAUGCUGGAGUCCUGCCUGGAGAGACAUCUGAUCCAGAACACUCCGGGGCUACCUUCCUUUGUCCUCAUUCAUGAAGGCCCAGAAGGGAGAGGAAGGUGGGGCAUACCGACCAAGAUGGCUUUCAUUACAGAAACCUACCAAUACCACCACUAACCCUGUCUCCUUUUACCAAUCUCUGCUAAGUGCCCAAUACCUAGAUGGUUUUUUCAGCUCUCCUGUGUUUGUGCCAUUUGACCCUCAUUCAGAGAAAACCUGUCCUAGUAACUGCCCAAGGACAGUCAGCUAAGUAGCUGAAGGACCAUUCUCUUCCUCCUGGGCUGGGGAUAGAAUCCAAGGCCUCUACACACCAAGCAUCUUCUCUACCUUUGAACUACAGCUCAAACUCUGUCACCUUUUCUCUUUUGAGACCUGAUCUCAUAUAGCCCAGGCUGACCUGGAACUUGCUUUAAACUAACAAUGAAUGAUCUUCACUUACUG